AGGGCCUCCUGGGGCCCAAGCUCUGGCCAGGCGGGGCCCGCGGGCCCCGUGGCUCGCAGCCGGCUGCCCGGCGGCGGCCUGCGGGGCGUGGGAUGCGCCAGGAGGCGGAGCCCGAGGGGCCCGAGGAGGAGGGGGAGGGAGCGGCGGCCGCCGUGGACGCGCUGACGCGGGCGGUGGGCGAGACCCCGACCUUCGCGCACGGCGCAUUCUCGCCCGAGGGCGUUGCCCACGCCGCGGCCUUCCGGCCGCGGCCGGGCGACGUGUUCAUCCUGACGCCGCCGAAGACGGGGACCACGUGGCUGCAAAUUGCUGUGCCACGCGCUCCGCACCAAAGGCGAGCACACCGGGUUCGACGACAUCUACCAGGUGGCCCCGUGGGACCAGCUGGCCUGGGACCUCGGCCAGAGCCUGGAGGACGAGCAGGUCGCCAGCCCCCGGCUGUUCAAGUAGCCACCAGCGCCUCUCCUCCAUCAACCGCGGUGCGCGCUACCUGUGCCUGGUGCGUCGGGUGGAGGACGUGCUCCUCUCCUGGUGGCGCUUCCUGCGGGAGAAGGACGUGCCGCCGCUGCGGAAGUACAAUUCGGCGUCGGAGUUCGCCUUCGACGAUGAGUUCUUCGCAGAGGGAAUGCGGUUCGGGGCCACCAUCUCAGGGGGACACGCCCGACCUAACCCUGCUGGCGGACUUCCUGGGCCUCGGCGCGGCGCAGCGGGCGGCCCUGGCGGACCCGGCGGGCCUCGCGCGCGUCCUGCGCCUGGCCAGCAGGGACGGCAUGCGCGAGAUGGGGUCCAAGUUCGACGAGAGCUGGGCGUUCGGGCAACUGCAGCGCGUCGGCCGCAUGCGCGACCCCUCCACGUUCGCGCCCUCGCCGAGGGUGAACGCUCCAGCUGCGCCCGCCGAGCCGCUGAGCGCCGCGGCGCUCGAGCUGCUGCGCGCGCGCUGGGAGGAGCGCGUCGCCCGGGAGACCGGCCUGGCCGACUACGCCGCCCUGCGGCGGGCCCUGCGGGACGAGGUGGCGGCCCGUGCGCGGGCCAGCGCCUGACGCGCGGUCUCUCCCUCCUCCUCCCUAUCCUCCUUGUGCUC